ACUCUAGGUUCUGCAAUGCACCACACGACUUAUAAAUACAUCAACAAAAUGGCAGAUGACGGAAUGGAUCCCUGCGAAUGCAUCUGGCCACGGGAAAUGGCCAUGCGCCGCCUUCUCUCUUUCCUUCGUCAGUCACAAACACACUGCACAGAUAUAGACUGUGUUGAUGAAUUUCCAGCUCUGCCUGGUCAGCAAUCAUCUGAUGGAGGGGCUAUGUUGAUGAUGAUGGUGUGGUUUGCUGUUGCUAUUGGACUCUUUCUCUUGCGACCCAGAGCACUCCGCAAUAACCCAGACACCAAGCCAGCUGACAACAAUAAUGGACCCGGAUCAAGUGGACCACCCCCACCUAUGGCCAACUAAUCUACAACAACUCUUGAUUUCCAAUAUGAAAGCCUCAUGAAAACUAAAAAUCCUAUCAAUAAUAUCUAAAAAUAAGUAUUUUUAAAAUAGUAAUUUUUAGGGGUAUCAUUUUAAAUGGCAUUUCUUUCCUCUUAAGAGUAUUAUUGGGGUACUUGGUUUGGUUCUACAUCACAUGAAUUGCACCUGCUGAGGUGUUUUGACAUUUUCCACUGCACUGUUUUUGGUUCACUCCAAGUGAUCUCAAGACAAUCUUGGCUGGUAAUUACAGUUCUCCUUUCCAGGAAACAUAAAAAUAAUAAUAAUGAUAUUUUGAUCAACCUAAACAUGUUUGUUUAGAAAUUUAUUUUUCAUUAUUUAAAACAAAAAAGGCUAAAAAAAAUUGUGUGGGGGUUAAAAAAGGUUUUGUAACACAGAGUAUGUGAGUCCCAUGCUUUCCGGAGUCAAGAUGACCCAUUUUGGUAUGUCCACAGAGAGUGCAAUAAUAUGCAUUCACUGUGGUGUGAUGGAGAGUGACCAAUAAUGAGGUCAGACUUUUAUAUCAAAGGAUUGCACUUACCAUGCUUAAAUAUGUUUUAAUGAAUGUGUUAUAAUUUGAAAAGAAAGAUGCGAGGCUACAGUGGUUACAGAGCAAUUAUAGUUUCAAUGUUUUAUUCUUACCUUAGUUUUUUCUUUAUAAGUUUCUACUCUAUGUUCAUAAAAUGUUUUGGUUUUUGGAUUUUUAUUAUGGGAUUGAAUUAUUUCCUGCUUUGACAUUUUAUUUGGAAUUUUUCUGUUUGUGUGUUGAUUGGAUGCAUUUUUUGACUUACUAAGCUGUUCAAGCUGCUCAUGCACAUGAAUUGUGACGUUUGAACCUAGGUUACUUUCAAAAUUGCACAACAUAGCAUCUGUUUGGUAUUCUAUUACUUUGCUUUGUCACUUGAGUUCAUAGUUCAGCUGAUAUUGUGUUCGAUUUAUCGCUUCUUUCUUCGUCUUUUUAGUGGAUUGUAGUUCUGAGUUUGUUGCCUGUAGUUGACAAGCUCUCUCUGCUGAAUGACUGGGUCAGCAAGGUCAAUUUUCAAGAAUAUUAAGUUCUUUUUUCUUCUUAGUUUUGAUUUAUGUAUUUCCUGCUAAGAGGCUUUUGUUCCCCUAAAUGUUGAUAUUCGUUUAAAUAACAUACAUGCAUAACAUGCGAUUCUUAUGUUUUAAUGUACAGUGCUGCAGGUGCUAACAAUUCUUCUGUGAGUGUUCCUGCUUUACAUUUUCCACUCUGGACAUAAAUGCUGUAGUAUUUCAUAAUGUGUGUGCUUAGCACUGAUCAGUUAUCCUAAGGGCCUUACAUGUCAUAUGGGACCUGGAUAAUUCUUAUGGCAUUCCAUCAUUAUCAUUAGAAAUGUUAAUGUGCUCUUUUAUUUGCAUGUUUUGUAUUACAACCAGUGUUUUGUUUUUAUUCGCCACAGAGUCUACAUUCUCAAAUUUUAAGUUGAAAGCUUACCUUUGUACACGUUAAUUGAAAUCACUGUGAUACAUUGCAAAGUAACCUCUGAUCAGUCAGUUGUUCUUUUGAUAAACCCCAUAAUUAUGUGAUGUCUCUCAAUCUUUCUUCAAAUUAUGACUCAAGGAAGAUUAGAUGCUGUUCUUUGGUAGAGAAUUCUAAUGGGGCAUAUCUCACUUAAUGGGGAUAUGUGCAAGUUAGAACGGCCCAUGAUGGUUACCGAAAUAGAUAUUUGUGCUGCAAUGGUAAUUAACAAUUAAUGAAAUUCAAAACUUCAGAGAAACUGGUUACAAGGUGUAUCUUCAUUUGUGUCUUGUCUGUCUGUCUACUAAAUUCAUCAGUAUUAUACAGUUUCCAAAUCUUGGAGUGUCAUUCUCCACAACCAUGGAUGAUAUUAGACACAACAGGAUGCUCAAGAGUAUUUCUGUAAGAAGUGUGCCUUCUUACAUCUGGUUCAUUAUUUAUUUCACUUUUUUACCGCUGUUUUUCUUUCUGCUUGAAGAACUGUCUUCCAGUAUUCUCAUUUUUGUUCUCCCUGUUUAUACAUUGAAAGACAUUUUACUUUGCUGUUUAAUUUUCUCUUGUUCAGAUUAUGAAGACUAUCUAAAUGUGUCAUCCUGUAACUUGCAACGGCACUCAUUGUGAUAUUAUAAUUUUGUUUUCUGUUUUUGUAAAUAUUGUUGGUGUUCGUGAAGGGUGGUUUUCUUAACUGUUGUUUAGAUAUGUCUAAAUGUGAUUGAUUUGUUGAUAUUAAGAUUGCAGUAUGAGAACAUCACAGCAUAAUAAAUUUGUUAAAUAAUUCAUUUUGAGGCACUACUGUGGUUAAUUCUGAUCCAUCCUGGAACUGAACUGUCGUUCCUUUGUGAACAAUGACAGAUUUGUUUAAAACUCUCAGCAAGGUUUUAGUGAAAGGUGUCCACGACCUAUCACUGGAUUCCACAGCUAUCGAAGAAGAUUUUAUGCUGUUAUUAUACUUGUAAUGAAUGCAUAAUUCAUGUAUAUUAUUAUUGUUGAUCAUAUGUAAAUAUUUUAAAAUUCACUGAGUUGUUUGUACAAGUGUACUCAACACCACCACUUCUCUGAAAAAGACCUUGUUACUUGGAGUGAGUUCACUCACUGGCUGUGUAUUAUUUACAAAGUGAAUAAAUAAAUAGCUGGUCUUGUGUAA